UAGAAUUAAAGCUUAUCUCUAUUUCUCAAUUUCAUAAACUUUCAAAGUUCAACAAUAAAAGACUCGAACCAUAAAAUUUACCAAUACAGCAAAUCAAAAACCAAAGCUUCAUCUCAGUUUGUGAUGAAGGUGAUGUGGUUUGAAAGAGAGACGAAGACAACCAAUUCAAUAUCUGUUAAUAUCUAGAUUAUGGUUUAAUAGAGAGAUGAAGACGACCAAUCCAUUUUAACUGGGUACACUGACUUACACAAACAUAAUAAUCCAGUUUAUUAGUAUAACCUCAUACUACAAUAUAUUGAGCUCAUUCUUAGUAUAAUUAAGAAAUUGAUCAGGACGUUUCAGAUAUCACUGUCAAAGUUGAAUUCACCGCCUGCCCUGAAUUAUUUGGCGGAAGAAUUAGACUUUUGGCACUUCCUUCAAGCAUUUGAAGCACAGCUGUGAUCGACGGGCGAUUCGCCGGGUUCCACUGGAUGCACCAAAGUCCUACAGUUGCCAAUUUCUUUGCAAUCUGGUCCUCUCCAUCUUCCUCCUCCUCAUCAUCAACUUGGAUCCUGUGUUCUGCUUCUCCUUUAACCAGACGACCGUAAAUCCAUUCAGGGAAGUACACCUGGCUAAGGUUCUGAACAUUGGAGUCGAUGUUCUUUCGCCUACCCACCAUUUCAAGCAACAACAUCCCAAAACUGUAAAUGUCAGACUUGUAUGAAACAUUCCCAAACUGCCUGGAGAAGACUUCAGGCGCAAUGUAGCCCAUUGUUCCUCUUGCGGCCGUCAUGGAGACUGCACUUCUUCCCCUUUCACACAGCUUAGCUAGCCCGAAAUCAGAUAUCUUCGGGUUGUAAUUCUCGUCCAAUAGAAUGUUAUGAGGUUUGAUAUCGAAAUGGAGAAUUCUUUGUUCACAUCCUUGAUGAAGAUACUCGAUUCCUCGAGCUAUGCCAAUAGCAACGUCUUGCAACCUCUCCAUUCCUAGUGUGUGAUACUCUUGUCCCUCUGGGAAUAUGAACUUGUCCAAGGAACCAUUAGGCAGGAACUCGUAGACUAGAACUUUCUUGUAUCCAUCUGCACAGAAGCCUAACAGGCGAACUACAUUUACGUGAUGGAUUCUUCCCAUUGUUCCAACUUCGUUGAUGAAUUCUUCCCCAUUUUCUGUGGAACUGUGCAACAGUUUGACAGCCACAAAUAUUUUGUUUGAAACAGUUCCUUUGUAGACAUCUCCAUAACCUCCUUCACCUAUUUUAUCCUUGAAGUCAUUUGUGAUUUUCUUAAUAUCAGCGUAUGAGUAUCGCAUAGGUUUCAUGGCCGCAUAAUCUUCCAAGAAUUUCUUUAACCUAAUCUGUUCUUCUCUGUAUAGUUUCUUUGUUGAAUAAGCAAGGUAUAAUGCACUAGUAGCUAGGAUGAUAAAGAAACAUCCAAUAAUAGGACCUGUUGCAAAAGGCUCAAUUAGUUUGUCCAUCAAUCCUCAGCUGGUUUGAGAUAAAGAAAAAAAGAAAAACCACAAAACUUACCAGAAAUAAAUAAACGUUUCUUCAGUAUCCCUGUAACGAGAGUUUGCAAGUCAGAGAACCUUUUAAAGAAUGAAAAUGAAAGCAGCAACCUGGCCAUUAAGUUAAUAUUGAGGACUCUGGUUAUUUACUUGAAACCAUGAGCAAUUUGGGAACGGAUGGAAGCUUCAAUUUGUCUGUGUAUCACUAAUCAAUCCAUUUCUGUUCCGCUUUGUUUCUUAAUGAAUCAUUCACUUUCACAAUAAACAAACCUUGACUAAUAAUUUUACGAAGUAACUUAAAUAAAUUAAAUAGUUAAAAACAUACCAGACUGGUGUUUGUUUCCUCUUAAGCACCCAAUUUCAUUUCUACUUCCGCCUUUCCAUCUGCAAAUUCCACCAUGUAACUCACACUUCCGACACAGCGGCAAAGACCAAAACAGUUCCAAGAAAUCUGUUUGAAAUAGUGUCCCCGUAACCAAUUUCACGUCAUACAUCUUUGUACAAGAUUCCAUAACUUCUGCUACAUAUGGAAUUCCCAUAUCUUGAUAUGUUGCAUGAACGUUGUACCCAUUGUUCUCUAGACAAUCGACCUUAGACCAAAAAUAACCAUUGUCUGCUCUUGCUGAGGAGCAAUUGAAUAAUGAGUAGUUAUUACCGUUCAAGAAGCCGGGAAGUUCAUAUUGAUAGGACUCUGGCGAGUCAUACCAAAAGGGGGUGGCGGAUAUGUCCAGAUCUCUUAGGUGCUUUGCAAAGCAGGUUUCGACAGACAGUACUUCCAUCAUUUGAGACAGAUAGGAGAUGUUGGUUACCUGAACUUUUAUGGAUGAGGAAGGCAGCUCAAGUAUAGUGCGGUUGAGUUGGUCACAGUGGAGAUUGAAGCUUGAAUCAUGACCACAGUAUUCAGGCUGCUUUCCCUGGAGCACAAACGGGAACCUCACGGCCGGGCCAUCAGGGCUACACUUCUGUUCAGCACACAGAUCAUCAUCAGAUGUGCUUAUUGCAGUACUAGGCUGGUUUCCGGCAAGGAUCAGCCAAGCAAAGAAAAUGAUAUUCAAAGCCAUUAUCAAUCUUCUGAUCUUCCUCAUGUUUUUGCAUGUCAGACUAUGUUUUGACAGAUAAGAAUGAUUGGAGUUUAAAUAUGGUCAGCUUUUCCAGAAGACAAAUACAAAAUGAUUAAGUAAACUAGACUUCCUCUCUUUAAGGCCCCACAGGUACGUUUACUUUGAAACUUCCAAAGCAGCUUUUUGUUGAAAAAUGAAUAAAGAAACAUGUUUAAUUUUCCCCUCUUUUAUGGAGCCUUUCAAUACAAAUGCAAGAAUUAUACCACUGCAUCUAUUUUUUAGUGUACCCUCUUUUUUUUUUUUGACUCUCCCCACUUCAGCUCAAUUACCUUUAGCUGAUCAUGUUUCCACUGCAUCUCUUGGCGUUCUUUUCUUCCAUUCUAUUAGUUUACGUCUUGGUUUCCUGGUUCGUCAACUUCAAUCUGAAAGGUACCAGUUGCUAUUCUGAUCCCACGAUGGAAAAAUACUCCUGUAAGGGUAGCCAACACAACUGUGGGGAUUCAACACAAGACUUGCAGUUCCCCUUUAUAUUUGACGGUGAUGAUCGUUCAAGUGUCUGCACAAGACCUCAUUUAAAUUUUUCUUGUCUGCAUAAUCGCACGGUGUUAUAUCGGUCUUCAAAAGAGUACUUCUAUGUAGAUGUAGACAGCUUCAAUCGUAAAAAUCAAACGGUUCGAGUGAUUGAUCCUGGAUUACAAAAGGGUAAUUGCUCAGCUACUCCAUUGUAUCCUAUAAGUUAUCGUUUUCAGUCUUCUGAUUUUAUGGGGCCGAAUGACAUAAAUUACCUCUAUAUAUCUCUGGGUUUGUAUCUAAGCAAUAAGACGAGCAUACUGGUGUUUGUGAGCUGUAAAAAUCCAGUGAACAGUUCCAUGUUUCAUCGUUUAGUAGACACUGCAUCCUGUAGUGCCAGUGCAGGGCAUUUUGCAACCAAGAGGAGUGACAGUCAACAGAUGUCUACUCAUGAUUACGUGGCGGUUGGUCGAAAUCUUCUUGCAUCAGAUAUUCCAGAAUCAUGCACCGUUAAUAAAAUUGCGGCUGCACUGAUUGAUGAUGAAUCUCUACUGGGAAGAACAGGAGAUGAUGUUCAAUUCCAACACAUACACAAUCUGUUGUCUGAUGGCUUUCUACUUCAGUGGACAUGGUUUUCUACUGGCAGUCAGUUGAAGAAACCAUUAUGGUGCCACCUAAUAUCAAUACUUGCUGGAAUACAUGACAUCGUUACUUCAAUUCAGCAGACAUCCUCACAUAUUGGGGGGCUUGGUGCCAAAGGACUCCUGACUUUAGUUUUGGUAUGCACAGCACGAAAUGCUGUUGGAAUUCUUCUGUUGAUGGCAUUUCUCAUUUACAAGUGGCGUCGAAGGCAUUUAUCGAUGUACGAUUCAGUAGAAGAGUUCUUAAGAACAAACAAUGGCCUUAUGCCAAUCAGGUAUUCCUACAGAGAAAUUAAGUCCAUGACUCACAACUUCAAGGAGAAAUUAGGCGAAGGUGGUUAUGGUUUGGUUUACAAAGGGAAAUUGCGAGGUGGAGGCUUUGUUGCAGUCAAGAUGUUGAACAAAUCCAAAGCUAAUGGACAAGAAUUCAUCAACGAAGUUGCAACUAUUGGCAGAAUUCACCAUGUUAAUGUGGUGCGACUAGUUGGAUUCUGCGUAACUUCCUCAACGCGUGCCCUAGUGUACGACUACAUGCCCAAUGGCUCCCUAGACAAGUUCCUUUUCUCGUCAUCAGCUACUGAUGCCAAUGCUGCUAACUCACUUGUGAUCAGCUGGACAAAAGCAUAUGAGAUUGCGAUGGGUGUGGCGCGAGGGAUCGAGUACUUGCAUCAAGGCUGUAAAAUGCAAAUUCUGCAUUUUGAUAUCAAACCGCAUAACAUCCUUCUUGAUGAGAACUUUGUUCCAAAAGUUUCUGACUUUGGUCUUGCUAAAUUGUACCCCUCACAAGAUGGUUUUAUUGCAACUCUCACUGCCAUAAGAGGAACAAUAGGCUACAUAGCACCUGAACUGAUCUACAAAAACAUUGGAAGAGUAUCUUACAAGGCAGAUGUGUAUAGCUUUGGAAUGUUACUCAUGGAUAUGGCUGGAAGGUGGAAGAACUUCACUGUUAAUCCUGAUGCAGACCGUUCAAGUCAGAUGUACUUCACCUCGUGGAUACAUGACAGAUUUGAUCAGAACAAGGGGUAUGAAGCUAUUCUUGGGGAUGAUUUUGAAGGUGUAAGUGAAGAAGAAAAAGGAAUUGCCAAAAAACUGGUUUUGAUAGGACUGUGGUGCAUACAAAUGACACCAACUGAAAGGCCUUCAAUGAGAGAAGUAAUAGAGAUGCUUGAAGGCCAUCUUGAAGAACUAAAAUUGCCUCCGAAGCCAUUGCUGUACCCUCCUGAAUCACAGGGAGAACUCCAAAGCAGUCCCAGUUCUUCGGAAGCAUCCACAGAGCCGCUGUGUAGAUCCGCAACUUUUGAUAUUGAAUAGAAUAUAUCGACAUUCUUAAAAUUAUCGGUUUGUUGUAAUAUAAAGUAUCUAGUAAUCUCUUUCAGAAUAUACUGCAACAGAUUUGUUUGGGUAUCCUGUGAUGGAAACCUAGUUUAACAGGAUAUCAGUGAAAGAUGAUCAACUGAUCACUUGUCCACUUUUCAGUUUAUAUCUUUAAAGGGAUCUAUAUGCCUUCGCUGCUGCAAGGAUUUAAUCAUGUGGAUUGCACAGGUUGUUAUAACAUUUAAGUAAAAUUGUGCCAAGCUUUUUCUCAGCUAGGACUGUAGCUGGUUAGUAAAUGUUGUUAGAUAGAAGUAACUUCAUCUGGUCACCCAACAUUUGAAAAGUGGAACUGGUAAAAUCUGAGGCAAAGAGUAAGUUCUACAGGAUGCUAUUGAUGCAGCAUUGUCACGGUAUAAGAUGCCAUUGUUCAUUUUUGAAUGAUGGAAUUUUUUAUUUUUUUUAUUUUGUUAUAUGAUAACUAGCUGUCAAUUAUCGUUUGAUCUGAAGGAUUAACACUUGAUUGUAAUUUAUAGAGGAAUGGUUUCGAUUAUUUUUUGCUGUUGUGUUCCGACCUGCAUGUUGGUGACAUUGUACAAUCACUAGUAGUGACGAUGAAGAGGUUAAGAUGUUUCUACAGGCUUUAUAUAAAAUGAAGGAGAUACAUUUAGAUGUUUGAGGCAACUUUGUUAUGGCUGCUCCGCUAACUGCUAGAGAAUGGUUUUAACUCCUCAUAGAGGUAUUAUCACAAACAGUUAGGAGACAUUAGCGGAUACACUGUUAAUUUAGCUAGUCAGUUAUAUAUAUAUACAUAGCUAGUUGAUCAUCCACUAUAAUUGUACAGAUUGUAUUCUGGUUUGUGUAAAUCACGUUGAUCAGAUACAACUAUAUUAUUCACUGUUUUGAGCCAAAUAUGAUUUUUGGGAUAAAACUUGCAGAAUUCUUUCUUUAGUUUCAUGACAUAAAACAAGAUUGAAUCCAAACCAAUAUGAUCAUGAUGGAAGUACCUGCCCAGAAGGAUGCCGAGUAACCUCCUUUGCUGCAUUUUCUGCCUCACGGACUGCCAUCCGAAGCUCCGCCGGGGAGAGAGUAUCCUGUUCCGAUGGGGGCAUUUUUUAUGUGAAGGAAUACAAUUCAGUAUAUAUAGUGGUGAGAAGUUGAAUACUUGCAUGUUUCUUCAUUUGGGCCUGCACCACAUUAAGGCAACUGCUGAAAUUUUUGUACCAAAACUUUCCGGGUUCUGUGAGAAUGAGAAAAAAGGAAAAAAAAAAAAAAAAAAAACAAUGUUUGAUUGGUGUUAGUUUUGGGAGAGGGUUGCUGCAUUACUGCAGCUGGAGCUUGGAUCAUUUGACCUUUGGGGUGAAGCACUGGACUUUGUACAUCAACAGCGUAAUAAGAAACUGAAUUCACUAUGAUUUUAUAUACAUUCUAGUUAAAGAACAGAAAGGAAUCAUCAAUCACUGGGUUGACUUCUGAAACUAAUGAAUCCAGAUUACAACAAAAGCACUUAACUAGCAUGAAUGUGUUUCAAUUUCUAAAGUAACAGAUCUGCAUAGCGGCUCCGUGGAUGCUUCGGAAGAACUAGGGCUGGUUUGGAGUUCUUCUGCUGAUUCUGGAUAAUACAGUGCUGGCUUAGGAGGCAAUGUUAGUCCUUCAAGGUCCCCCCCUUCAAGCAUAUCUACCACUUCCCUCAUUGAAGGCCUUUCAGCGGGUGCCAUUUGUAUGCACCACAAUCCGAUCAUAACCAACUUUUUAGCAAUCUCCUUUUCUUCUUCACUUACACGGUCAAUGUCAUCUCCAAGAAUAGCUUCAUACCCCUCAUUUCGAUCGAGCCUGUCGUGUAUCCAGGAGGUGAAGUACAUUUGACUUGAGCUGUCCGCAUCAGGAUUAACGGUGAAGUUCCUCCACCUUCCAGCCAUAUCCAUGAGUAACAUUCCAAAACUGUACACAUCGGCCUUGGCAG